AUGUCCUACAUCAACAUCCCGAGGGAUCGAAACGAUCCGAACUACCGGUACAAGAUGCCCAAGCUGAUCUCCAAAAUUGAGGGAAGAGGAAACGGCAUCCGGACGAACAUCGCGAACAUGGGGGAAAUCGCGCGGUCGCUGAAGAGGCCACCCAUGUACCCCACCAAAUUCUUCGGGUGCGAAUUAGGAACCAUGGUGAAAUUUGAAGAAAAUGAAGAAAAAGCUAUUGUAAAUGGAGCCCACAAGGAAAACGACUUAGUAAAUAUUCUGGACAAGUUCAUCGAGAUGUAUGUCCUCUGUCCUCACUGCUUGUUACCCGAAACGGACAUCAUCGUUAAGAAGGGUUUCCUCAUCUGUAAGUGUAACGCGUGUGGGAAUAUUGGCGAGUUGAAUAACUCCCACAAAAUUGCCACCUACAUGAUUAAGAACCCACCCCAGAUAAGCACUCUAGGAAGUAAGAAGAAAAAAACGAAAGAGAAAAAGGUGGAGAAAAAUGGAAAGGGGAAGAGUGACAAAGGAGGGGUAGCAGAAAAGGGAGACAAAAAUGAAGAAACGAGAAAUGGAAUUCUACACUCAGGAGGAGACUACGAUAGUUCGGAUGGAAUCGAUACAGAUAGAAGUAACCCAACAAAUAAUGGAAACAUUAAAAAGGAUAAAAAAUCAAAAAAAAAAGAUAAAAAGAAAAACAAAGUGGAAGACAAUUUUGUAUUGGAAAAAGAAUCUCUCCAUUUUGAUAGCGUAGAAAUUAAGGAAGUUAUUGAUCGGUUGAGGACCCUAUUUGUAACCUUCCCAAAUAUAAGUGACAACGAUUUUUGCGAGGAACUUCGUGUGCUGCAGGUGUCUCAAAGCUUCGACUCCAAGUGUAGAAUUUUUAUUUGCCUCUCCGCACUGUUUGACAAUCAGAUCACCAAAGAGCUGUUAGAAAAGUAUAUCAAAUAUGUGAAGAAGGUAAACGAUACGUCCGUUACAGUGACGGAUAUUUUCCUCGCCCUGGAGUACUACGUCAAUAAGGUGGCCAAAAACGCACUCAUUAUUUACCCCUACAUUUUACAAGUUCUCUACAACAAUGACGUUUUCGAAAGCAAGGAUAUCAUCAAACGGUAUGAAGUUAGCACCUCUGCGACGGCCCUCUUCGAAAGGAGUAACAGCUCCGAGAGCCUCGAUGAGAAAAAUAAAUACUACGUGGAGUGCUACAAUAAAUGCAAAUGUAUGGCCAAACAUUUCGUUAGUUGGCUGAAGGAAAACGAAUCAGAUGAGGAUGAGUCGGAGGAGGAAGACAGCCAAGUUAGUAACCCAGUCAAUAGCAACCUGACCAGCUACAAAGUUAAGUCUUUGCGAAAUAAUGAUGAUAAGAGUAGGGAAACCCACAACGGGGCUGGUGGGGCUCCCAACAACGCAGCUGCGAAUGAUAACGAUAAGGCGUUUGAAGAUUCUAAGAGUGAGAAGUAUGAGGAUGAAAUAUUUUUGGAUGCCAAGGAUGGGAUCAACUACACGGGCGACGAGGAGGAAAUCGACAUCGACGCUAUUUGA